AUUUUGGCACACACUCGACAGGCAACAACUGGUUUAGACGUUGUCAUUCGCUUGCCGUCCAAAAUGGAUUUCGAGAGUGUUUUGGAUAAAUGUGGAAGCUUUAGUCGAUAUCAGUUCGUAUUGCUGGUGCUCUACGGCUAUACGAAUAUCUUGUCGUCCUUUCACUAUUUCUCACAGACCAUCAUCAGCUUUACGCCGCCGCAUAGCUGCAUGCCUGAUAAAGUUUCAGAUUCGCAUGGACUGACAAAUAUCACUCACACGGACCGCUGCAGCUACACCAAGUGGAACUCGGCGGAGUCGCGGAACGAGCAAUUCAAAUGUGAGUCCUGGAAAUUCGAGCGCGAAAGCAAUUAUGAGAGCAUUACCACUGAGCUCGAAUGGGUCUGCGAUGACGCCUACAAAUUGGCCGUGGGUCAGUCGUUCUUUUUCAUCGGCUCCGUUCUGGGCACCAUAUUCUUUGGCUAUCUGGCCGAUCGCAUCGGCAGACUGAAGGCCUGCAUGCUGACGACCUUGACUGGCGCCCUGGGCGACUUCAUCACCUCCUUCGUCAAUUCACUGCCAUUUUUCUCCGCUGGCCGCUUCAUGUCCGGCCUGUCGACAGACACACAGUACAUUCUGAUGUACAUAUUGGUGUUCGAGUACUUGAGUCCCAAACAUCGCACUUUGGGCCUCAACAUCGUUUUGGCCGUGUUCUAUUGCGUGGGCCUGGUCAUAUCGCCCUGGGUGGCCAUCUGGGUGGGCACUUGGCGCAACUAUCUGUGGGCUGCCUCGCUGCCGGCAUUGGGCGUGCUCUGCUAUCCGUGCCUGCUCUUCGAGAGCGCCGAGUGGCUGCUGACCAAGCGGCAGUUCGACAAGGCGGCGGACUGCCUGCGUCGCAUCGCCAAGUUCAACCGGCGCCAGGUGGACGAGAAUGUGUUUGUCGAGUUCAUCAAGUACUAUCACGAAAAGAUAAACAUGGAGCAGAAGACCACAAACGAUACGUUCAUGGGCAUGCUCAGGACGCCAAGAUUACGCAAGUUCACUAUCAUACUGCUCAUUAAGUCCAUGAUCAUCACGGUGGCCUUUGACAUACUCAGCCGCAACAUGGAGGGCAUGGGCACCUCGCCGUUCUUGCUCUUCUCGUACACCAGCUUCACCUACCUGCCCGCCGGCCUCACCAUCAUACUCUUCCAGAACUACAUCGGGCGCAAGGGCAUGGCCUGUGUCUCGCUCUUUGUGGGCGCCGUCAUUACGGCCGUGACGGGCUUCUUGAUCGCCAACCUGGAUCCCACUGAGCACUCACUGCUGCUGGCCCUAAUGGUGGGCCUGGGCAGAUAUGGGGGCGUGGUCGCCUACGAUGCGGAAGCGCAAUAUGCCGCCGAAAUAAUACCCACGAGUGUGCGGGGUCGCGGCAUGUCCAAUAUCCACGUCGUGGGCUAUGCCUUCGGCUUCUUCAGCUCGUAUAUCAUCUUUUUGGGCACCUUUUAUAAGCCGCUGCCCUCGAUUUUCAUCAGUCUGCUAAUGUUCAUUGGCUCGGCUCUAUGUCUAACUCUGCCGGAAACAGUAAAGAGGAAACUGCCCCAGACCCUGGCGGAAGGCGAGACUUUCGGCGUGGGCGAGAAGUGGUAUUACUUUCCCUGCUUCAGCCAAAAGAGAGAACUGCCCGAUGAUACGAUUUCUGUUGCCACCAUAGAAAAUACUCUUAAAGCUAUUUAAACUAAAUAUAUAUAUAUAUAUGUAAGUCUGCAAAUAA